GCUGUCAAAUUUCAUUCUUUUCUUCGUACCAUCACCUCGUGUUGAUUCUGUACCGAACCGUUGCUGGACGGUUUUUCAGUAUUUUCCGCGGAAAAGUGUCGGAAAAUCAGCCAAGAUGAGUAUGUACAACUUCAAAAAGAUCAUGGUGGUGCCGCCAGCAAAGGCCUUCAUCGAUAUUAUGCUAUCGAAGACCCAGCGGAAAACUCCGACGGUGGUCCACAAGCACUACAAAAUCAGCCGGAUCCGGGCGUUUUAUAUGCGCAAGGUGAAAUACACCCAGCAGAACUUCCACGAUAGGCUGUCGCAAAUCAUUCAGGAUUUUCCCAAGCUGGACGAUGUGCAUCCAUUCUACGCUGAUCUGAUGAAUGUGCUGUACGAUAAGGACCAUUACAAGUUGGCACUCGGACAGCUCAAUACGGCUAGGCAUCUGAUUGAUACGGUUGCGAAGGAUUACGUACGACUUCUCAAGUUCGGUGAUUCGCUGUAUCGUUGCAAACAGCUGAAGAAAGCCGCUCUCGGUCGAAUGGCCACAAUCAUGAAACGCCAGGCUUCUAAUUUGACCUAUUUGGAACAAGUUCGUCAGCAUUUGUCACGUUUGCCAUCUAUCGAUCCGUACACCAGGACUAUCAUUAUUUGCGGUUUCCCGAACGUCGGAAAAUCCAGCUUCAUCAACAAAGUCACCAGAGCCGAUGUUGAAGUUCAACCUUAUGCUUUCACCACGAAGAGUCUAUACGUCGGACAUAUGGAUUACAAGUACCUCAGAUGGCAAGUGAUUGACACACCUGGAAUUUUGGAUCAUCCUUUGGAAGAAAGAAACGUAAUCGAAAUGCAGGCCAUAACGGCCAUGGCUCAUUUGCGCGCUUGCAUUCUGUAUUUCAUGGAUGUUUCCGAGCAGUGCGGUCAUUCCAUUGAGGAACAAGCAAAAUUGUUCGACAGUAUCAAACCCCUUUUUGUGAACAAGCCUUUGCUACUUGUUCUGAACAAAACUGAUAUUCUGACGUUGGAUGAAUUGGCCCCUGAAAAGAAGAAAAUCAUUGAAGACAUUACAGAUGAAGCUGAAGAAAUUCCAAUUAUGCAAAUGUCCACAGUCACUGAGACGGGAGUGAUAGAAGUUAAAACUGAAGCCUGCGAACGACUUCUUGGCUAUCGCGUUGAUCAAAAAUUGAAGGCCAAAAAGAUCGAAGGAGUGCUGAAUCGUCUUCAUGUGGCCAUGCCUGAGAAACGUGACGACAAAGAGCGUCCACCUUGCAUACCAGAAUCCGUUCUCGCUGCUAGAGCCGCCAAUGCCGAGAAAAUUGCUCGUCGCCAACGCAAACUUGAGAAGGAAAUCGAACAGGAAAUGGGAGACGAAUACACGUUGGACCUCAAGAAGAACUACGCCGACAUUGCGGAGGAGGAGCGCUACGAUGUUAUUCCUGAAUUCCUCAACGGCGUCAAUAUCGCAGACUACAUCGAUCCAGAAAUCUUCGAAAAAUUGGAAGAACUCGAACGCGAUGAAGGGUUGCGUUUGGAAUCAGGAUUCUACGAUCCUCCACCACUCAAUUUGGACGAAACUCUCCUUGAAAUUCGUGAAAUGGCCAAACAAAUUCGUCUCAAGCGAUUCUUGCUCAAGGAUGCACGGAAACUACAGCAGAAGAGCGGUCGCCCAGUUAUGCCACGACACAAACAAGCCAUGGUUCGCGAUCGAAAGGUGGAUCAUUUGCGUAAAACUAUGGAAAAUCUUGGUGUCGAUAUGUCUGGAACGGAGCAAGCUAACUUUGCCAAGAACCAAGUUGACGUUCGACGCAGCCUUGUCCCUGCCGUUGGUGGUCCUAAAACACCCAAGAAGGAUCGUGAAUCGUCCGCCAUUGUCAAGGCUACUGGACAAUUGAUCAAGAGGAGAACUCCCGGUCACGAGCUGGGCAUCAAGGAUGUUGUGCUCAAGAAGAAGGCCAAGGUGAUGGCGAAGCACGACAUUGCUAAGAAGGUAACGAAACUGGCCCGGAAGGGUGAAGCCGAUCGUCACAUACCGGAUCUAAAACCGAAACAUCUGUUCGCUGGCAAACGAGGCGCUGGAACUACGGAUCGUCGUUAAAAUUAUUAACUUCGAUUUAUAUUAAGGUCCUGCUUCGCUUGUGAUUGAUAAGGUACGUGUUUAAGUUUCGUUCGGUUAACUUCUAUUGCUAUUUUCUUCUUAUUGAUUGUAUUGUGCUUUGGCAAUGCAGAUUGUAACUGGAAUAAGAUUAACAUAUAAAUGAUGAUUUAUAUAC